AAGGCAGUAACUUAUUUAACAAUGAGCAUCCAUAGUCAGGCAAAACAUAGAGCAGUCUACAAAAUACCAAAGAUCAACAACAAUAAAUGCAAAUUAAGUAUUAAAAUAUAAACAACGGGUCUUGACAGGUAUUUUAAGUAAAAGCAAUGCAAUUAAAGAAGUAAAAAAUAGGAUAAAGCAAGAUUUAAUAAGAUUAUAAGAUUUUGAGAAGACAAGAAGACAACAUCACAUUACAGGAAAUAAAAACAAAAUAAGAAACAAAUGUAUAAAAGUUAAAUAAGAAGUGAAAUAAAAGCAAUAAAAGACGGUAAAAGCAGGACAUUAGAAAAAAGCACUACUUGACUGGUAAAUAGCCAGCACUUUCCAGCCCCAGGGUUUGUCUUCCACUUCAUUGCUGCACCCUGGCAGCAUCAGCAUUGGUCCAAAUACAGAUAUGUUUCUGGCAUCCUACAGUAUGCUGCAGGAGAAGAGAGAGAGGGAGUGACCUCAAAUUAUUAUUGAAACUCUGUCCACUGUGAGCCCAGGAGGUGUCUGAACCCUCUGACAGCCGAUAUGGGAGUCACCCAUGGCAAGAAGAGAGAUCUCCAACAUUUGCCACAUAGAGGAAAGAAACACCUAGACAAGUCUGUCUCAGAAAUGCAGACACACCAAACUGAACAGAAGGACCUACACUCAGAGCUCCAGGCUCCUCAUCUACAGAUUGAAGUGGAGAGCGGUGAUCUCAUCAUACCCCAAAAACUCAAUCCUUUAACAGCCUCCAAGAGCCACAACGAGCUCCACAGAGAACUGCGCCUGACCCACAGCAGGAGAGUGUUGCCUAAAGGAAGGAGUGAGCUCCAAAGAGCUUUAGAAAAGAGGAAAUGGGAACAAAAGAUGAAGGGGAGCAGGGAUCAGGAAGAGACACAGAGGAGUGGAUCAUCGCUUCAACAACAAAUGCUGGAAAGACAAAGGGUGCUGGAAAAGCUGGAGAGAGACAAAGAGCGACAGCUAGAGGUGCCAGAGUUCCUCCAAGUUAAAGAAAGACUGAGGAGAACUCCUGUGUUGGAUGCAGGAGAAAAAUGAGUGUGACAGUGAUGAUAGUCAACGUGUGUCUUCCGUGUUCAGAAAGCCCAAUGAACUGUUGGGAAUAAGUGGUUUACAAGAUGAAAGAUCUCCUAUAUAGGAGCUAGUUAAUUGUUUUAGCUCAGCAUCUGAGAACUAGAGUCAUCAUAAAUACAGCAGCUAUACAACUUUCAUUCACUUUAAAGUAAAUUUACUCGCUAAUACCAUUGUUCUAUUGUAUUACAUAUUAGUUCAUGGCUUAAGUUGGAUGCUAAACGGACUUGAGCUUAGUGCUUUUCUUGUCUUCUGACUACUCAAAUCACUUUUUACACUGAAGGUCACAUUUACUCACUCACACCACAUUCACACUGAUGGUAUUAACUAAUCCCAUUACACAGUCGCAUCGCCAUUGAGGCAGCAGAGGGAGCAAUUUGGGGUUCAGUGUCUUGCCAAAGGAAACUUCUUCAAGUGGCUGCUUGAAACCCUGACCUUCUGGUUUUAGAGACGACCAACUACCACUGAGCCUGUGUGUGUGUGUGUGUGUGUCAUGAUUUAGUCUUGUUUAACUUUGUAUUUUGUGUAUUUUCAGAGUUUAGAUUUCCUUUCUUGUUUUAUUUUGUCUCAUUCUACCCUGUUGUUUCAUUUGUGUGUUUCUUUAUUCAAAUGUUUCCUAGUUUAGUAUUUCCUUUUUUGUUAUUUCUCCUCCAGUGUCUCUAUGUACUUGUGUGUAUUGUAACUGUUUUAUUAUUGUUAUUAUAUUGAGUGCUCUUUUGGUCUAGUAUUUCCUGUUUUAUUUUGUAGUUCUUGUCCCCAGUGUUUCUUGUCUUGUCUUACUUCCUCCUUUUGUCUGGUUCCCUCCAUGUUGAUUGCCUUAAUUGUCUUCACCUGUGUCAUUAGUCUCACCUGUGUCUGAUUAGCCCAGUGUUUAUUUAAGCGUCAGUGUUCCUUCCCUCUUGAUGUCAGUUCAUACGUAGACCCUGUUGUGCUUUUUUGUGGCUCCAUGUCGGUCCUGUUUUUGAACUUAUAUUUUGGACUUUUGGAAAGUAAGCCUUUGUUUUUGACAUUUUAAACUUUUGUUCAGUUUUUUGUCUUCUGCAUUUACAGUAGGUCCAGUUCCUUAUUUUUUCCAAAACCUGAGUCUAUGUCUAGCUCUGUCAGACUCAAUAAUUAUACUGACCCUUUAUAUGGAGUUUUUCUUUGCCCAUAAUAUAGUUCCACCAUCAUGAAACAUUGUUCAUGGCUCAGGGUGAAGUAACAAAUUAAAGAAAACACACAAGAAAGAAAAGUCACAACCACAAUGUUGUUCACUUAACAGACUGCUUCUGGAAACAAUUUGCAGUGAGGACAAUGAUAACGGUUACAUCUCUACAUUGUUGUACAUUUCACAGAUGAAAAUAGUUGUAGUAAUAUUUGAGAUGCAUUACAUUGUGUAUGUGUCCAAUGUAUCUUUGAAAUCCCUUCUUUCAGAUAGUGUUCAUUAAAUAUGACAAUGGAAUGAAAAAUUAGACUAACAAUGCAAGGAUUAAGAAUAUAAUGAGUAAAUAAAAAAAUGUUAUGCACAUUAUGUUGUGCCUGUGGUUUAUCUGUUCAAAUGUUU